AGACUCAUGGAUGCCGGGGGUGACGGCCGUUCGCCAAUGUCUGGGUUCGACCGUCGAUCGACAUUUCAACAUCGUUGACUUGUUUUCCUGAUCUUUUCCCUCCCCCCUUCGCUGUGCUUUCUGUCCUCGCAGGUCUGCAUGACCUUCCUGCGUGAUGCUCCGACGACCCAUCCUACGCGUUGACCCGAACGCUAGCCAGGACACUCCGGUAUCUGCCCCAGCCGUGCUUCCUGCAGACUUGGACUACCCUCACAACUCUGUCUUCCGUGCGGCCCAGCUGGAGAUCCACGUACGAAGCCCCUCCGUCAAAAUCCAUCGAGCUGCCAACUACGACAUCCGAUCGUUGCCUGUCUUCGGUGAUCAUGACAAGGUAGCAGGCACGGUCCUUCUCGAUGUCAACCUGUGUGGUACCCCAGGGCGCCUGACGACCUUCUUGUCGGGCAGCUUCUUCUACACAUCCCCCAACAUGUUCCAAGAAAAGCACGAUGAUUACGACUUUGCACAUGUGGAGAAGGAGAAGACUCGGCACGUGUUCUUCACUACGUCGGAUUCGCGGCCCACAGGCGAGCUCGACAGUCCACGGUCGACGACCUCGCUGAGGGACGCGUUCACUGCUGGCAUGCGCGGGCGACGGGAACGCCGUCCGAGUCAGACGAGCAUACGUGGCGCGCUGCGGCCGUUCCCAUUCGUAUUCGAGAUUCCGCGCCCCGAGCAGUCCGGGCAGGAGCUCCCACCAACAUUCUCGUCGGUCGCAACCGGAGAAUGGGGGCCUCGUGCACGCCCAGGCGUAGAACACGCAGAGGUGUCGUACAGCGUUACAGCUGUAUGGGAGUCUGCUGAUGGAAGUGAGCGGGUAUUAGUGGAGGCGCCAGUCAUUUAUCAGCCUGAUCCGGGUUUCCAAUCGCUCGAUGGUUCAGCGAUGAAGCCAGAGUCGUGGUUGGAGAUUCCUCUCAAAUCAGACCGGUCACUGCCAUUUACUUGUGCCGUUACUCUACCCCAUCCGGCAAGCUUCUCGCGCUCGAGUUCGAUAUCGUACUUUGUCGUCUUCACCACAACUCCACGGUCGGCGCCGCUCGCGCGGGAAAUCGCUGCCGAUGCAACCGUCUCAGUUUCGCUAUCGCGCGUCGUGCGCAUCGACUCCAUCACGCCCCGCUAUCCCCUGACGCCCCUUUCCUCGACGCCUUCGACAUCAAGCGACGAAGCAGACAUGCCCCCUGUAGCGUCAAAAAGGCUUCUGAGACGUGUCGUCAAGAGCCACGGAUCCACAGUGCAGUCGUCCUCGAGGCGUAUCGCUGGCGCUAGUCUACCACGACGUGCGGAAACGCCGAGCCACAGGGACACGAGUCCCAAGGAUAAGCCGCUGCCGCAGCUGCCUGCACCAUCAAUAUCUGAGUCGCGCGCGCUCUAUACCGAUGUGUCCAUUGGGUUUCCGAAGAGACCACGGUAUCGAAUGGAGCCCGGUCAGAAACAUCCAUCGUUGGAGGUGCACAAGCUGUUACCCGAUGGCUUGUAUAAGGGCAAAAUCCAGCUGGAGAAGCAUAUGCUCCCCGCCUUUGAUUGGGCUGGCAUCAGAGUAAAGUACUACCUUGACGUCUCGGUGAUAUUCGGCCAAGAUCAGGUACGCGCAAGGGUGCCUGUGCGCAUAUCAUAGUAUCGUCCGCAGGUGCUGCCGACAGACGUCGUACGCUCGCCGACGGCCUGGGAGCUAGGCACAGCUUCCUUCCUCCCUUCCCCCAUUCCACGCAUUUUUCGUUCGCUCUGUUAGUUAUUGCUUUUUAAAUCAUGAACACUGGAUUUCUCUUACGUCCAUUGUAUCGAAUCGCCCACAUCGCACAUACACACGCUAUACCCCUACACAUAAACGGCCAUCACUUGUGCUCGAGCAUCCUCUCGUUGCGCCUCCCGUACGCUUCCGUUCUUUACCCCUGACCGCUGCUUCCCGCCUCGUUCGAGAGCCGACAUUCUUGUUCUCGCGACUCACAUAUGCUGUCCUCGUUGCUCUUCGUCACAUCACAUGCACCAAUGUAUGAAUGCUGCUUCACAGCGCAGCUGUGUCCUCGCCUC